CCCAGUUCUCUUGUUUCUCAGACUCAAUACUCUCACCUCUCUUUGCACAUCAGCGUCAGUCUUUCACCUCUCUCUACCAAGUCACUCUCUCCUCGUCUCAGCAAUCUGCUCUCAUUCUCUCAACUUUAUUGAGAUUAAAAAUGGCAAGCAGCGGUAGAGGUGGAAAUGAUCCAGCAUGGAAGUACGCAACUCUCGUCGAAGGAAAUCGAAAUGGUACAACAUGUAUAUUUUGUUUUGCCACUUUUAAAAGUGGAGGAAUUACAAGAUUGAAGAGUCAUUUAUCGGGUUAUGAUCCUCACAAGAGUGUAAAGAAAUGUGAUAAGGUGCCACCGGAGAUCAAAACAGAGGUGAUAACAUGGAUAAAGAGAAAAGAUUCUAUUAAGCAAGAAAAGGCAGCUGUUCAAGAUGAUAUUAGAGAAGAACUCCGCAAUGAUUAUCUUGGCAAUCAAAUAAGUCUGUACAAUGACGAUGAUGACAAUGAUGAUGAUGAUGAUGGAUUUCAGUAUCCACCAGACAUGCACCCUGCAGCACGAUAAUCAAUUUUAGUAUCCACCAGACAUGCACCCUGCAGAACGACAAGAUUAUCGUGCUGCAGUAAGACGAUCAACCGUAGAUCGUGAUAAGAACUCUCAGAGUAGUAGAAGUGCAAGAUUUCAAUUUCCAAACCAAUCCAGAGGCGGUAGUAGCAGUCAACAACCGCAACAAGUUGAUCGAUCAAAAACCUAUCGGUACUCAUUUCCUGAGCCUCCAGUAGUAAUGCCAUCAAAAGAUAGUCGAUCAAAACAAAGCACAAUUAAAUCAUUACUAAAAGGUGGUAGAGAACUAUUGGCAACAAUGGUGUCCAAAUGCAACAUAUAUGAUGCUGUCCCUUUUACCAAAGCUGAUUCUCCACAUUUCCAAAACAUGUUGACUACAGCUGGAAAUCUAGGUCCUGGUGUAAAGCUUCCUACCUCCUAUGAAAUUCAGACUCGUUACUUAGAGAAUGAGUACACAGAAAUGAAAAGGUAUGUGGAUACUCACAGAGAAACCUGGAAAAUAUAUGGAUGCACUAUCAUGUGUGAUGGAUGGACUGGCCCAACCAAAAUGUCUAUUCUAAAUUUCAUGGUGUAUUCAAAAGGUUCAACUGUGUUUUUGAAGUCUAUAGAUGCUUCACAUAUGAAAAAAAAUGCUCAGUACAUAGAACUAUUGUUAGAUGAGAUUAUCCAAGAUGUUGGACCAGAAAAUGUUGUCCGGAUUGUCACUGACAAUGCAUAAGCAUUUAAAAAGGCCGGAAGGGAACUACAGAAAAAAUAUCCGCUAUUCUGGAUCCUGUGUGCUGCCCACUGCAUCGAUUUGAUAUUUGAAGAUAUCGGGAAGCAAAACACUGUUUCCACUGUCGUCAAAUGGUCUCAAAGUGUAACUAACUACAAUCAUGGUUGGGUACUGGCUGAAAUGAGGAGCAUCACGAAGGGAGAUUUGAUUCGACCGAGUAAAACUCGAUUUGCGACAAAUCACAUUGCCAUCGACAGUAUUUUGAAGAAGAAAUCUGAUUUGAGAAAAUUGUUUGCAAGUAGCGCAUGGAAUGAGAAUGCAGCGAGUAAGGUCAGAGAUGGCAAAAUGAUAGAAAAAAGAGUCCUCGAUGGGACAUUUUGGGAUGGCAUGAAAUAUAUGAAUAUGGACAAUCUUCUGUGGAUGGAGGAUUCCAAUUUACCUGUGAAGGUAAUUUUGAUCAUGCCACCCAAGAUGAAGACCACAGAGU